GCUUUGCCAGUAAUUACACAUGGGCUUUUGACAUUUUUGCAGAAAAUUCCAAAUUGUGUGUUCCCAUUUUCUCCCUCUCUCUGUGGUCUCGGGAAAUGAAGUGACAAGAUAGCAUCUGAUCUGAUAUAGGUGUGAAGAUGGAUGUGGCAGCUAAGUCUGAGUCAAAGGACAACCUUCCCUUGUUACUCACCCAAUCUGCUGACCCUCUCAAAAGGACAGGGACGGUGUGGACAGCAGUGGCACACAUAGUGACAGGGGUGAUAGGAUCGGGAGUGCUGUCUCUGCCAUGGAGCACUGCACAGCUUGGCUGGCUUGCAGGCCCAUUCUCCAUCCUUCUCAUUGCUUCCAUCACUCUCUUCUCUUCUUUUCUCCUAUGCAACACUUAUCGCCAUCCCCAUCCCGAAUAUGGUCCCAAUAGGAGUGCCUCCUACCUUGAUGUUGUUCAUUUGCAUUUAGGAAUAAGCAAUGGACGGCUCAGCGGCCUUCUUGUGAAUAUAAGUCUGUAUGGUUUUGCAAUUGCCUUCGUCAUCACAACAGCUAUCAGCUUAAGAACAAUCCAAAAUUCAUUUUGUUACCACAACAAAGGGCCUGAAGCAGCAUGUGAAUCUGUAGAUGCAUAUUAUAUGCUGCUUUUUGGGGCUAUCCAAAUUGUUCUCUCACAGAUACCCAACUUCCAUAACAUCAAAUGGCUGUCGGUUGUUGCUGCAAUUAUGUCCUUUACUUAUUCUUUCAUAGGAAUGGGGCUUUCCAUUGCUCAAAUCAUAGAAAAAGGACAUGCUGAGGGUAGCAUUGGAGGAAUCAGUACCUCCAGUGGAGCUGAAAAGCUAUGGCUGGUUUCUCAAGCACUUGGUGACAUAUCAUUCUCAUAUCCGUUCUCCACAAUUCUUAUGGAAAUACAGGAUACUUUGAAAUCACCUCCACCAGAAAACCAAACCAUGAAGAAGGCCUCAGGAAUAGCGGUCACCGUCACUACAUUCGUGUACCUCAGUUGUGGAGGUGCUGGAUAUGCUGCCUUUGGUGAUAAUACACCAGGAAACCUUUUAACAGGUUUUGGAUCCUCCAAGUUUUAUUGGCUUGUGAACUUUGCUAAUGCUUGUUUAGUGGUUCACCUAGUUGGUUCAUAUCAGGUGUAUAGCCAGCCUCUUUUUGCCACUGUUGAGAAUUGGUUCCGUUUUAGAUUCCCAGAUAGUGAAUUUGUGAAUCACACAUAUAUGUUGAAACUCCCGUUGCUUCCAACCUUUGAACUUAAUUUUCUCAGCCUGUCUUUCCGAACUGCUUAUGUUGCAUCAACAACUGUGAUUGCAAUGAUAUUUCCCUACUUCAAUCAGAUUUUGGGGGUUCUGGGUAGCAUCAUUUUUUGGCCAUUGACCAUAUAUUUUCCGGUGGAAAUAUACUUGACUCAGUCCAGUACUGUAUCAUGGACGACUAAGUGGGUACUGCUUCGAACUUUCAGCAUUUUCGGCUUUUUAUUUGGAUUGUUCACUCUUAUUGGAUGUAUUAAAGGUAUAGUAACUGAAAAAAUAAGCUGAGAAGCUUUGAGACCUCUCCAAGGAAUUAGACUCAGGUAGCCUACAUUUUUUUCUUCCACUUUUCUCGUUGCAAUGGCCUUUCCACACAUUAACUCAGUUAGUAACUUGGAACCAUUAGAUGAAGACACGAUCUUUAUUGAACUGUUGCAAAUGCAAGGAAUAGGAGAUUGCACUGAAUCCAGUUGGACAUUAAACGUGCAGAUUCUCUCAUAUUUUCAAUAGGACUAGUGGUUCUGUAUUUGGUCACAUGCGGAAGGUAUCCACUACUGAAUGAAUGAACUCAAACUCAACAUUUCUACUUCCUCGGUUCUUCUUCCACUAUGUUAUACAAACAAAUUGAAAGUGGACUUUUUUUUCUAUUUCGUGGGGAAAUUUUCAGCUCUAAUUGAUUUUUUGUUUCAAGUCUUAUCGAUAAUAUUUAGAUUAAGCCAAGCUUGCUAUAAUUAUAAGCUCCUCACAAGUGACCCUUCAAUGUUGUUGACCUUUUACUUCAGUAACUUUGGUGGAACCCGAUCUUAGCUUUGGAUAGGAUUCCCUUUGGUAAAAAAUACAGUAUUUGAUGUACUAAACAAUCUAUUCCCUUUGUUUAAAUUUAUUGUUAAACUGCAAAA